AGUCAUUGUCCACCUGUCCAACAUCCUUAUCGACGUACAUACAUAGCAUACAUGCAUGCAUACGACUACAUUUGAUAUGGAUCCACCUUCUGCUCUCACCCGUCAUUCUCAAAACCACGAUAACGAUCCACUUUCUCUCUCUUUUGCAGAUUCCGGCAUAGAUAUGGAGCUAGAGAUGGAGCUUCAGCUUCCCCAGACUCAAACGCAAACCCAGACCUCCGAAGCACCAACAGGACCUGAUACAGAAGUCGACGGCGGGGAAACAAGAACAGAUAGUCUCCACCUUGCAGCGCGACUAGCGAAACUUGCGAUAAAUGCGAGGAAGGGCGAUAAUGGGGCUAAAUCGCGAUCGUUCUCGAAAAGCGAUACAGCGAUUCUCCACCGCUGUUUGAAUACUAUCGAAAACACACUAUCGCUACCUAACGAUGACGACAAUGACCCUCGUCCAACUCUCACGCAGGAAAUCACCAAACAUCGACCUCAGAGUCUUAAUCUUACUCCGCAUUACCCAUCGCCUCCGUCAACAGUAGCAGAACCAUCGCCAUCGGCGGCAUCGCAUACGACAGAACCGAGAUCAGAGCCACACCCGUCCGGAUCGCAACUCACCGCUAUUUUGGAGGAAGUCACUGCGCUUGGUAAUGAAUUGCAUAUGAGGCGUCGCGAGGCUUUUUAUAUCUAUGAGCUGUUUACUCAGAAAUGUCAGGGAUUGGAGCGGAGGGUUUCUGGGUUGGAGGGCGAGGUUCGCGAGUUGAACGCAGACAUCUUGGAAAACUCGAUAGAACGCGAAGGACUCCGGGGAACGGUUUACGGUCUGGAAAACUGGGUGGACGGAUGGCAGCGUGAUCACGAGUUGGCAAUAAUCCAAGCACGAGAAGCACGGAAGGGAUGGACGAAACGCAAACCCGCCCGGAGAGAAGAUGACGCUGAUGCCUUGUUCGAUGGCAUAACCGCGUGGAUGCGUGGGUGGAAAGAUGUCGAGGAGGGCUUUCAAGCCCGGGAACGUGAGCGCGAACAGCGACGGGAUGAAAGACGGAAGCAGCAGCCAUUGGACGUUAUUCCUAAUAAUCACCUUCCAUUAUCUAGUGCAGGCGAGGACAGCUGAAUAUUAAUAUCGAUAAAAAGAACAAUCAAAACCCUUGAAAGUUAUAAG